AGUGAAAGGCUUGAAAUUAUUAAAGAUUUGCAUCAAGAAUAUCAACAACUUUCUUCAACAUCUACUAAUCAGCCAAUUCAAUUACAGUGCAAUUUACAACAAGAGGAUAACAUUCUUAUUGAAAAUGAUUUUAAUGAGUUCAUUAUACAACAAAAAUCAAAACCAAAUAUGGCCUUAUUUUUUAAAUCUUUAAUGACUCAAGAUCUUGUUAUUACUUCUGAGUUUGAUAAUUAUUUGUUUAUUCCUGAAGUUUAUAUUAACCUUGAAGAAUUUGAUCCUAUAACCUGA